ACUUCUAAGUGUUUCGUCACAACAUGGCGACGCGCUCAGACGCCAGGCACGAAUUAAACACUGAAAACACACAGGGCACUGAAGACAUGGAGGAGAUCAUUGGUGUCUGUGGUUUAGAGGCCAGAGGACUGGUUGAAGGGAGCAGUUCACCUCCAGAUGUGGAGACCCCGUCCCAGGAUAACGUGCUGGAUUUUGCGGGCCUGGUGAGCAGUGAGGAGGAGAGAGGGGAGACACCAGGACGUGAGGACAGCACCCCUGACCCCCUCGAUGUGGAGUUGGAUCCUAACGCUGAGAAAACCAAGGACCAAAAGGAAUUUGGUAAAGAGGUUUUGUUGCUGAUGCAGGCACUUCAUACCUUAGCCACCCCUGAAGAGAAACUUGCUGCCCUUUGUAAGAAAUAUGCAGACCUGCUGGAGGAGAGUCGCAGCAUGCAAAAGCAGGUGAAGCUGUUGCAGAAGAAGCAGAACCAGGUGCUGAAGGAGAAGAUCCACCUGCAGAGCGAACACAGCAAGGCCGUCCUGGCACGCAGUAAACUAGAGAGCCUGUGCAGAGAACUUCAGCGCCAUAACAAAACCCUGAAGGAGGAGAACGCUCAGAGGUUCAGGGAGUACGAGGAGCGGCGCAAGGAGGCAACUCUGCACUUUCAGAUGACACUCAAUGAGAUCGAGGCUCAGAUGGAGCAGCACAACUCUCACAACAGCAAGCUGCGCCAAGAGAACAUGGAGCUGGCCGAGAAACUCAAGAAGCUCAUCGAGCAGUAUGAGCUCCGGGAGGAGCACACAGAUAAGGUGUUCAAACACAAAGAGCUUCAACAGCAGCUGAUGGACGCUAAACUCCAGCGGACGGCUGAGCUGAUGCGAAAGGUGGAGGAGAAACAGCAGAGGGAAAGAGAGUUUCUCUUAAAAAAUGCAACAGAGUCGAGACACAAAUGUGAGCUGAUGAAGGAGCAGGAGCAUCAGCUAAAGCAGCAGCUCACUUUGUACAUGGACAAGUUUGAGGAGUUUCAGACGACUCUCGCUAAGAGCAACGAGGUCUUCACCACCUUCAGACAGGAGAUGGAGAAAAUGACAAAGAAGAUCAAGAAGCUUGAAAAGGAGACUACGUUAUGGAGGACCAAAUGGGAGACCAACAACCAGACUCUACUGCAAAUGGCAGAAGAGAAAACAGUGCGAGACAAAAAUUACAAGGCCCUCCAAGGUAAACUGGAUCGUCUGGAGAAGCUCUGCAGGGCCCUGCAGCGAGAGCGCAACGACCUAAACCAGAAACUCCGAGUACUUCAGGGCCCUGCAAAAGAUCCUGAGGAAGAGGGUACUGGACCUCCAGACCCCCAGCCGGAGGAGCUGUCUAACCCAGAGCUGGAAAGAGAGGUGGAGGGAGAGGUGGAGAGAGAAGUAGAGGGAGAGAUGGAGGCUUUGGUGCCUGAAACAGAGAAAGUCGGUCUUCAGCCUGACGAUUCGAGCAGCACAUCAUCCACACAACUUAUUGACGACUGAGCCUGGCCUUCUGGUGGCCUUUCUUUUUUUGUGGAGGUAUAUAUUUUUGUCUAACAAUUAUUAUCAUAAAGUUUGUGAGGAAAAAGCAGGACAUUAGUGAAGACGCUAACUGCUCUAUACGUUGAUAAUCCGCUUUGUGGCGAGCACUUUUUACUCCCUAUUUUCUAUCACAUUGUAUUUUCGUAGGAAACGGUCAUGUGGUCCAAGGCGGCCGCCAUGCAGCUUUGUUUCGUAUGUUUUUCGUUUUUUUUCUUCUUCCCCGAUUCUGUUCUCGGCUUUUUCCUGCUCAGCUUGUGCUAUGGUUGCACAUUUUUUUUUGUUUGGUUUAGUUUGUUUCUCUUUAAUAAAAUGUAGCUCUUCGCUCUGA